CACAACGAUUUCAAAUAAAAAUGUGGAGAUUUCUAAGGGCUGGAUACAACCGAUUUCUUGGUUGUUACUUCAAAGAAGGACCUUCCAGCAAUGCAACGAGAAAACUAUUCUUUACAACAUUGUCGCACAACAAAGCRGAGAAAGAAUCUAAAAUGCAUUUGCUGUUGUUGGSGAUCCCUGUGACGACCUUUGGUCUUGGUUGUUGGCAAGUGAAAAGGCUUUCUUGGAAGAAAGGAUUGAUCAAAGAACUCGAAGAAAGAACCACAGCUGAGCCUCUCACAGUGACUGAUARUAUUGAAGACCUUGAUAUUGCAUCUCUUGAAUAUCGCCGUGUCCGGAUAAAGGGGAGAUUUGAUCAUACAUGUGAAUUUCAUCUAAUGCCAAGAUCACUUAAUGAAGAAGGAGGAGGUGCUGGGGGACUGGGAAGGAAACCCAAAUCAGGAGCUCAAAUUCUUACUCCAUUUAUAUUGUCAGGAAGUGGCCAAAGAAUUCUAGUAAAUAGAGGUUGGGUACCAUUGGACAAAAUCCAACCAGACAAAAGAAUAGAAGGCCAAACUGAAGAUGAAGUCGAAAUGGUGGUAUUCAUACGCAAAGAUGAAAAGCGUGCUCAAUUUUCCCCUAAGAAUAACAUUGCUAUGAACCGAUGGCAUUACCGGGAUGUUGAUGCYAUGGCAAAGAUUGCAAAUUGCCUUCCUAUCCAAGUAGAUGCAGAUGCAGGUAGCAGCAUUCCAGGAGGACCCAUUGGCGGGCAGACACGUGUCUACUUGAGGAAUGAGCAUCUUCAGUACAUUAUAACAUGGUAA